AUGACUGCUGCUGCUAAGUCUCCAUUUCCAUCAGCUCUGGAAAGCACCGCCGCCUCCGCUCUUCUCCUCCUCUCCGCCACCGCCGCCGCCGAUCUUGCUUCCCCAUCUCUUUCUCCUCUGACUUGCGAAAAGCCUGAUUUUGACGCCGCGUCGCUGAGCACAGGCCGGAAGUUCCCGUCCAAAAUCGCCGCUGAGAAGAGCUCGGUUUCCAGCGGUUCCCGAUCUUGCAUCUCGUCGUCGCCGGAGGAAGUGGCUCUUCCAGCUCACAAGCUCAGGAUCGUCGCCUUCCUUGCUCGCGGCCAUGACAUGAAGCUCAAGGUUGUGCGAAAGAAGCGGUCCAAGGUCUACUGGAGCUCAAUUGAUCGCAAGGAACACAUCCUCAGCUUCCCGGAGGUUUCCAAAUCGGCUUCGACAGAGAAUUCGUGCCUCUCGACCACUUCCAGCGCCGCUUCAAGCUCCCGGAGCCGAUACAGCAGCAUCAGAACAGAGUCCAGCUGCGCAGAGAAGUGGAGGAAGAAGCAGUCCAGCACCAGCUCCAUAUCUGGCUCGACUCACAUGAAGCAACAAGCCGAAUCAAUCCUGAAGCUGCUCUCUCGCGGCCCUUUCUCAGAAGUCAGGAUUCGGCAACUCCUUGGUGACAGUCCUGACACAAGCAAAGCCCUCAGAAUGCUGCUGAAGCGAGAGGAGGUUAAGAGAUCAGGAAGCGGAGGGCGUCAGGAUCCUUAUAUUUACAAGGUAGCUUGA